GGAUCGCAUUCGACUCGGGGGGUGAGGAGGGAUUAUGUAUCGUUGGGUUAGUUCGUUCUUCGUACCUGGCAAUUCGUAUUUCGUGUUUCGUUGCGCGUAAGACUCGUGCGAUCCUCGAACGAGGCACAUCGUAAUGGCCGCGACCUGACUUGGGUAGCGUGCAUGCGAACUACCGUGUUCGCGUUACGUGAAGCAGACGAUCGAGAAAGGGGGCGAAGUAAGACGAAAACGAGAAACAGAAAGAUACGUCGGGGUUUAGGGUUACGCGAUUUCGGUGUCGCCGCGAGUGCGUGUGGUGGUGGGCGAGGCGUGAUCACAGAACGGGAGUCUCGAGGACGAAGAGCCAUGAGUGAGGAUCGUAAUGAAGAUGAUCCCAUAAUGGAUCUUUGGUACAGCAACUGGGAACAACAAUGUGUCGAGGCAUUGGAGGCAGAGCCGGAUUACGAAACUCAGCUGCACAGCGAAAAAGAACUCUAUACUCAGCAGAUGUGGACAAGUUUUCAGACGACGGCGUCGGCCAUCGCCCAGCUGUACAAAGAUCGUACGCAGGGUGUCUCUCUAUGGUUACCCUUCCAGACUGCCGCAGGUACCGUCACGUCGAUGUACAAAGAUUCAGUGGACAGCGUGCGCCGGUGCAGUGAGCUAGGUGGAGAAGUGGGUCGACAGAAACGUAGUAAAGAAAUAAUGAAUUGGGCUAGAAAAAAAAGGCGUAUGAUCCGUAGGGAAGACCUUUUAGCAUAUCUUGCUGGGAAACCACCUCCUCCUCGACCGCAUUCUCAUAGGAGUUCGCCGAAACCAAGAUCGUGUGGUUCUCCCCCUUCACAAAGUUCAACACCAAGUAUGGUUGUCUCGCCUACAUCAACAAUUGGAAAUGACCCUGAUCCUGAAUUACAUACAUUUAGGGAAGCAAUUGCAUUAUCUGCUGCGGAUCACUCUCUAUGCUUAUGGGCAAAGGGCUGCACAGUCGUGUUGAAAUGUGCCUCGAGACUAGGUCGACGCAGAGACAGUGCAAUGCAAAGGAAUCUACUUUUCCACGACUGCUAAUAUGGACCUAAUCGAUACGCGAGCUUUCCGUCUACGGCGUGGCCAUUGUCGGCGAGACACGGCAGCUCUUUGCUUCGUAUGCAUGCAUAUAUCUGUGUAUGCACCACCCGCGCCUACCAGAUCGUAUGUGUAUAAAUAAACAUGCAUAUUUCAUAAGAAAAAGCAUUAUGUUCAAAGACGGAGCGAUCUAGUAACUACUUUUUUAAGAUCACUGUAAAUGUAUGCUGUUUUUAGGCAUCGUAUCCCAUCGCAGCUUCUAUCUUGACUCUCGAAUGCCGUCGCUCGCAAGGAAUUUCGGGGCCGUUUUUGCGCACGAAUACCCGCCGGUAUAUUUAUUUAAGGAUGAAAACAAAUCGAUUUUCUUAUUCCACACGUGUCCCGAAUUUCCUUCCGCGCGUCGACGUUUUACAGAGUUACUUGGAAGCGAACUUGUUUUUUGUUUGUUUUGGUUUUUAUUCUCUCAACAUUGUUUGAGCACCGUGCCGGAUACGAGAAAAAAAGUUGUUGUUCACUUGUAAAUAUAGCGUAUGUUCAUAACGAUAACGAUAAAUAAUAGAUUUAGGGGUAUUGAUAAUAUUAUUAUCAUUAUUAAUAUUGACAACUAUGCGAUAGCUUUAAUAAUAUUUAUCAUAUAAUCGGCAGUUAAUAAAACUCCAAGGACUCCACUUGACUCUACUUUCCUGACCAGUUAGGUAACGCAGGGUCAUGUUUCUGAAAGUUCCAUUCCAACGAAUUGUAAAUUAAACAGUACCGAGGGAUAUCUUUGUACGUGUAAAAUUUAAUCGUGCAGCUUGUUUCCCGGUUAUACUUUUCACAGUACGUUCUCGAACUUCUGUCAUGUUUCUGCUAAAAACCUAAUUGGAAGAAUGUCAAAAGAAAUUACCAAGAAAUUGGUACUCUACCGUCAUUGUUCUGCGGGUCGUUGCUUUUUUUUUUUGGUAAAACUAUUUCGUACAAAGGUAACUCUUAACAAAAAAGAAUACAUAGGAGAAAAUGACACACUGAAGAUGCCAUACUUAGCAAUAUCUUAUCGAUAAGGAAAAGCAUACUUGAUGAUGGAACAUCGAGUUAUUUUGUACAGACACUGUCGAUUUUGUUUUUUGUUUCUGUCAGUGGAGGGAGACGCGUUCUCUGGUUUAUCGAAACUGUUUCGGCUCGCGGCCCGAAGCUAGACGACCAGCAGUUCGCAGAAUCGAAUCGGCGAUUCUUAAUUAAUUAUCGGAUCGAAUGUUCGUGCGAGAUUCUCGCUGCUGUAAUCGGCAUUUUCCCAUGUUGCAUAAUGCAAGACUAAAUGCCGUGCACGGUUAGACGACACUUGGAGGGCAACAAAUAGAAUUCUCCCACGUGUAUAGAGAGCUUUCCCUUUCUCGUGGGAAACGUUAAUCUUAUUAAUUAUAAUCUGUGCUGUGCCUCGUGCCGAAACGAAGUAUUCUCUCCGUCGAUUUGUAAACAGCGAUUGCGAUCGUUGUGCUCGGUCGAAUGAAGUCACGAACGCUUUAGUUUAAAACAAAUAUACAUACACACAAAAAAAAGGGAGAGAAAACAUAUAACUAUUUAUUAAUAAAAGAUUCCGCGUACAGUAACUGUUCGUUUUAAGCGAGUCUUUCUUUUCUCGAGAUUUCUUCGAGAUAAUUUCUUCGAGAUUAUAUAAGUUGAUGUAGGAAAAGUGUACACCGAAUAGAACGUCUUUCAUAAGGGACUUUUAGAUGUUACAUUAAAGAAAAAAAGAAGAACAAUUGUUAUUUUUUGAAUAUCAAUGACUUCCGUCUUUUUUUCUAAAGGGAUGCGUGAUUCGUACUCGCUGCCAAAAGAAGUUUCCAAUAAUGAAGUUGCCAUCACGCAAGAGAAACCGACUGUUCUAUAUAAUUUGUAUAGUAGUAGACGAAUACGAGAAGAAAAAAAAACGAUAGCUUAUAGGGCUCUGUAAUUAAUCGAUUAAUUGUAAAUGACGACGAUAAAUUUAAACCGUUUUUAUAUUAAGGAAUCAAUGGCUCGUUAGGUUAAGAUUGGAUCGGACGAUUAAACGACCGGUCGGUGUGAUCGCUGUAUUUAUUACGCAUUAAUCGAUUAAUCGUACAGCCUUAGUAUGUGGGAUCGCAAGGAAUCACUUCUGUAUCAUAUCUUUUUCACAGUAAAUGUAGUUCGUACGCUGGGCAUAACAGGUGCGUAGGAACGUGUGUGUACGUGGUUCACAAAAUGAAAAAAAAAUAUUAAAGAUAACACGUGGCGCCGUGAAAAAUUUUUCUACGAGCCGUUCUGUUUUUAUUCUGAUGCACAUUUAAUCGCAACAUGUCGUACCCUUGUCUCCCAACAAACGUACUACCGUACUAUAAUAAUUGCACGUACUAAAAAAAAAAAGAGUCGUGAUAUGACACAAAAAUAUUUAUGUUCGCGGUGAGAGCGAGAAAUGGUGCUGUUAUUUUUUGCGAACAUAAGGAGCUUCUAUAUUUUUGCGUCUCUUGUUUGUAAGAUAAUCAUUUACAAAUAAAAUUACGAUGAAAACAUUA